CUAAAUGAUUAUGACUUGCACAAAGCUUAAGAAAGCAAGAAACAAACCUAAACCCCAAAUUAAAGGCCAAUAAAUUAAUCGAUUAAGAUGGCUGGUUCUAGUUCUGUGUCUUCUGGUUCUCCUUGUGGAGCUUGCAAAUUUUUGAGAAGAAAAUGUAUAAGAGGUUGUGUUUUUGCACCUUAUUUUUCUCAUGAACAAGGUGCUACACAUUUUUCAGCCAUUCAUAAGGUUUUUGGUGCAAGCAAUGUCUCAAAGCUUCUUGCUCAUCUCCCUGUAAGUGAUCGCUGCGAAGCCGCUGUUACAAUCUCUUAUGAAGCUCAAGCUAGACUUCAAGAUCCUAUUUAUGGAUGUGUUUCACAUAUUUUUGCCCUACAACAACAGGUGGUCAGUUUACAAACACAACUGGCUUAUCUCAAAGAACAAGCAGCACAAAAUUGUCACAUUAAUGCAUCUACCAAUGAAAACCCUAAUGAAAAAUCUAAUUCUCUUACUCUCCCUCAAGAUCUUCAAACUUGGUUCCAUGUGGAAAAUUCCAAUAAUCACCAACUUGGGCAAGAAUUUAUUACUAAUAACUUGUCUAAUAUUUCCUUAACAACACAAUAUUAUGGGAACAAUACUCUCAACAUGGAUCUAGACCCUAUGAGGAAUUAUGAAAAUUCAAGAGUCAUUGAAGAAAACACUUCAUUUUCUAGCUUUGAGGAAAGUACUUCUAAUUCCAUGGAAACAAACAGGAGGACAUGGGGAUUUGAUGAAGUUGAGGACCUACAUUCAGUGGCUUUUGGAUACAGUUGAUCAGAUUUAUGAAUCUUAGCUAAAGAAUUUGGCGAAACAACUUUAUCAAUUUUGAAAAAUCAGUCGCUAAAUCGGUCUCUAAAGCAGUUCUCUAAAUAGAGAAUUUUUAUUAGUGAUUUGCUAGCUGCUGCAUAUUGUGAAGCACAUGCACCAUAGUCUAUUGCCAUAAAUAAGCUAGCUAGGAAGAAUAUAUAUGUUGAAAUUAUAUAAUUGGAAUGGAAUUCCACUCUCCUAUUGUUUUGUUUAAGCUAAUUAGUUUAAUCAUGGUAAGUAAUAGAAUUAUUCAUGUGUAAUUCUUAUAGAAGAUCACUGAAAAUAUUGGUUUUCUUACGCGGCUAUGUAUCAUUUUGGUUUCUUCAUGGUCAUAGAAAUUACGCAGCACCGACGCUUUAGAUUAAUGGUGUUUUCGAUGUCUGAUAUAUGUCAGUGUCUGUCGCCUAUGCUACACUUACAUUCAAUAUAUGGUAGUACUAUUUUCUUAAA